AGAUUACUUGCGGGGACGCCCAGAUUCCAAGGUCCAAGUAAUUCGGUUUAUGAAGUACAGAAUUAGCCGCGCAUCUGGCCAAACUAGCGCGUGAGCAUCCAUGAACACCUUCCCGAUGUUACUGCGGCUCUGUAUUAUUGGCCUCAGGGGCGGUAUCGUAGACUGGAUUCAGGUACACGAAGCCGACUGCGCCCCGCUCUGACGCUCGCUGUAGAUUGUUUCCUGGCAUUGUGUCCCGCGACACGGGCUUUGUGGCUUGCAGCUACUCGUAGAACAGGAACUGGCGCUGCCUACGUCAUCGUGGCACGCGCAUAUCUUCAUCAAUACGUGCCCUCUUUGCUCAACACCAACACGAAAACACAUCACCUUGAAUCUCGACCUAAGCACCUACUUCACUACUGCCUCUACAACAAGACCACCAACAUGGAGACCAUCACCAAUAUUGCGUCUACUGCGACGACCACCGUCUCGAACCUCAUCUAUGGCGAUCAGACCAAGAACAACGAGACCGCGGGCAAGGAGCCCGUCUCAGGGCAGGAGGGCAAAGGCACAGCGACCGAGCCCUUCGACAAGGGUAAUGCUGCUACCCCGCUAGACACGACUGCAGACAGGAAGACGUUCCUCGAUUACGGAAACAAUGAGACGGCGGGCAAAGAGCCUAUCUCUGGCGAACAGGGCAAAGGCACGGCGACUGCGCCGUUCGAUCAAGGUAACUCAGCCAAGGCAACCGAUGCAUCCUCCGGCCCAGACGGCUUUCUUAAGCUGAACCCAACGCUUGACGGACCUGCGCAUGAUGCCGACGCGCCAAAAAUCCACACGAACAGCAAGGACACCACUUACACGGGCAUGCCCAUCGUUCCUCUGAACCCAGACGUUGCUACGUCGGGCCUGGAUACGAAGUCUUCGGGUACAACAGAGAAGACUGGCGUUACGGAUAAGUUGUGGAAGGAGACCGCACUCGAUGACAUUAGUCGCUCGGGCGCUCCUGGGGCUGGUCCAACAGCUCCUGACUCGACGACCGUGACCAAGGCGCCCAUUGCUCAUGAGAACGUUGCCAUCAAGGAGUCCAAAGUCCACAUCGAGCCGAGUCUUGAUGGAAGCAUCAGCCCCAAGACGACGGGAGCACCAGCAGGUGCCGGCGUCGGAGAAUCAAACCGUAUUGUUGGAGAGAAGCCUACGCACAAGUCCGAGCCCGCAAUAUCGUCCUCUCCCAGCGACGAGAAGAGCGGCAAGAUGUCAGAUCUGAAGAACAAGCUCAAGGACAAGCUUCACAUUGGCCACAAGGACAAAUAAGUGCUUCGUCGCUUCUGUAGCACUAAUGAUGCUUCUUUCUCAUGGAUGAUGGAACGAGAUAUGAUACCACGGCUUAGCUGCCAGACCCGAGAGGUCAUUUCCUUAUAAGUAGUUGCUCCACAUAGUAACUUAAUUUGCACAACUACAACGUUAAACCCACGU